AUGUUACCAGGUGGCGCUCGGUUUUCAUCGUUCCAUGUCAAAGCCACGUCAAAACUGGGAGAAAACAAACUCAAUCCUCACUCAAUUCCAUUAGUGCCAUUAGCUUGUGUACUGUGUACUGAUGAGAGUGAUAAAUAAUCAAUAUUCGAUCGAAAACGCCUGUUGUAGAUGUUCUUUUGGCAGAUAUUUUGCUCUAUUUAGAUGGAAAAAGCCGACCUUAGUAGAAGGAGAAGCAGUUCUCCGUGCUAAUCAUGUGAUUUUGUGUGAGGCAGGAGACUUCAACAAAAGGCACAUGUUUGCACUUUGUCUACAAACUUCGGCGAUGAAAUCUUCCUCACAUGAAGUGAAAUUGAAGUUGGGGUCCAGAGGAACUCCUGUAGAACAAUGGAUUUGUAUUUGUUCCUGCAAAGUAGGACAAUCUGGGUAUUGUGAACAUGUUGUAGCAGUUCCUUUAUAUGUCAAUUGA